CCCCCCGGACUAUGAUUACAGCGACACCCGCCGCCCGGGCCCCGUCGCCCUCCCUGGCCCGGCCAGCCACCCCGGGGCCGCCCCGGUUACCUCGGCUUCUUCCUACUUGUGUCCGCAGAAGGGCUUUCCAGAGGUCUCGGAGGCGAUGUUGGGAGGGGGACGGAACGUGCCGGGGUCCCCGGGCCAGGCAGGGGGGGGUGGGGGUGGGGGUCGGCCGGGCGGUUGUUGUUGUUGACUCGCGUUGCCGGGUUGCUUGGUCGCCACGACUACCGUGGCUAUGGCGCCUCCGUUUCCCUCACCGGGGCAACUGUUGCUACCCACCCUACACACGUCACGGGCGGGGGCGGAGUCCCGGGUGAUUGGCGGCGCCGGGAGCAGUGAUUGGACGGCGCUAGGUCCUGCUGCGAAGCUAUUGGUCCGAAGUCACGCUUUUCAACACCUCCUCGACUUCUCGGCGCUCUGAUUCAUCGCUAUGCAUGUCCAUCAAAGGAAACUGAGCCCUCAGAGGCAGAAGAACCCGUCACUCCCGCAAGGAAGCGGCCGCCUAAGAAUAAAGGGGUGGGGUCUGUGAGGUCGGGAUUGGUUUGCGGCUGUAAAACCUGCCUUUUGGUUCAGCUACAGGGACGUCAAUCUAUUCCAAAGGUUUGCCGCGCUCUCUGGCUGGGGGCCGUGCGCAUGCGAGGAGCAAGGCCAGCUGGGAACCGUAGUCCGCUCUGCGUACUUCAAACGCCUUACCAACUAUAAAAGGCGAGGAAGGAAAGCUCUCUUCCUUCAGACUUCUCCCUUCCCCAGUGGGUCGGUUCCUGCCCUCGCGCGCUUACGUCACGGGAGGAAUGCGGUGACGUGCACUGCUCGUCUGUGACGUCGGCGGCGGGGGCCGGGCUAGGGGGUUCGAUGACGUCACUGGGCGCUCUUUUCCCCCUACCCCCACUGCCCUCCGAUGGUGGGAUGGUCUAGGGGAGCCAGGUGGAGUUCGAUUCCUGGCUCCAGCCAGGUGGAGUUCGAUUCCUGGCUCCCCUACCCGGAGCAAACUUCCCCCGCCACCAACCCCCAUCCCCGCCACCUCUGCGUAGACGCGGCCUCCGCGCCAGCUCCCGCCUCCCCGCCCUGUUGGGCAGGGAAAGGUCACUGCUGCCGGGACGGCCGCGGCUAUCUCGCUCCCGCAGGCGGCGCGGACGGCCCUGGGAAAGGUCUCCCGCCGGCGGACUUAAUUAGAGGCUUCUACCGCGGGCGAUAAGCAAAGGUGUUCUGUCCAGCAUGGCCAAGCGCCCGCUGCUGCUGCUGCUAGCCGUGUGGGUACUGGCUGGGGAGCUGUGGCUGAGGGCUGAGGCCCGGCCAUCACCCUACGGAGUGAAGCUCUGCGGCCGGGAAUUCAUCCGAGCAGUCAUCUUCACCUGCGGAGGCUCCCGCUGGAGACGGUCUGACAUCCUGACUCAUGAAGCUCCAGAUGCAGACUCUGACACAGACAGUGAGCUGGAUGAGGCUGUAGCCUCCAGCGAGUGGGUGGCCCUGACCAAGUACCCCCGGGCUUUCUAUGAGGGCCAACCUGGCUGGCAGGGAAUUCCGGGGGCUGUGCGUGGUGGCCGCGACGUCCUGGCCGGCCUCUCCAGCAACUGCUGCAAGUGGGGCUGCAGCAAGAGUGAAAUCAGCAGCCUCUGCUAGACCAGUGUCUGGACUCUCCUGCAUUCAUUCAUCAGCAAGUCAGAGGUCAGGCACUGUGCCCUUGGACACAGUCCCCCUCAAUGACCCUGACCUUUGACCAGCCUAUCCCGACCCUGAGAAACUGCCCCUACCUGGCCAGAUGGGAACCUCUGAUCCUGACCCCUUCCCUCUCCCCAGGCCAUAUCAUGCCUUUGCCUGGUCUAUACCGCACGCGGCUGCAACCGUGCCCCUACUUUACCCAAACUGGCUGCAUCGCCAGACCUUUGCCCAAACUGAUUCUCUGUUGCCCCCACCGUGGCCAAGACCACGGCGUCUCUGACCAGCCCAAAUCGUGUCCCGGCUCCACUCCGGCCUUUGCCCACGCCUCUCUCCCAGCCUUCCAGCCCCUGCACCCCCACCCGCUGCGGACCCUAGAAGCCGUGGCGGGAGCCCUGGCUGGGUUCCCCGCACAGCCUGCGGUGGGAGGCCCGGCAGGGGUACGGAUCAGGACCUUCUUCAACCCCGAUAAUAAAA